AUGCAAUUGAUUUGGCUCGAUAAUUCACCUUGUUCUGCUCAUAUGAAAUCAAAAUUAUUUGAAUUAAAUCCGACUGCUCAGUUUUACACUGAUCUUAAUCGAUGUAUCACAUCAAUAAAAUCAAUUAAAGAUGAACAAAUACUUCUUAUUGUUUCAUUGGCGUUAACUAAAAAUAUUCUUUGUCAAAUUCAUUCGUAUCAUUUAUUAAUGUCUGUAUUUAUUUUCUGUUCCAAUAUUAAUGAAUAUCAAAAGUUAGAAUUAAUGAAUGAAUACAAAAAAAUAAAUCAAAUUUAUUCUGAUAAUGAGUUAUUAAUAGAAUCGAUUCAGCAAACAAUUAAUAUUAUCGAACAACAAAUUUUAUCUUUUAAUGUAUUCAAUCCAAAUAAAGAUUAUACAAAUGAUUUGUCAAAAAGUUCAGCAUCAUUUAUUUGGUACCAAAUUCUAAUUGAUAUACUUAAACAAAUACCUGAUAAUGAACAAAUCAAUAAAAAGAUAUAUGAGAAUUACAAUGAAUUCUAUAAAAACGAAAUGAAUCAAUUAAAAAAAGAUUAUACAAAAGAAAAAGCUAUUCAAUUAUUUAAUGAAAAAACUUCUAUUCAUAAAAUAUUAAAUAAAACUUUAAGAACAAAAAAUAUCGAAUUUAUUUAUUUGUUUCAAUAUUUUAUUAUCGAUCUUUAUGAUCAAAUUCAAUAUGAAAAAGAAAGUUGUGAAAAUAGUGAAAUAUUAAAAGUAUAUUAUGGAAAACGAAUGUUAAACAUUGAAUUAGAUCAAUUAAAAAAGCAUAUUGGUUAUUAUAUUGCACCAAAUGGUUUCCUUUCGGUUUCAUUUGAUAAAAAUAAAUCAAUCGAAUCAGCAAAAACUGAAAUAUUAUCUGAUGGCUAUCAAUCAACACUUUUUCAAUUCGAAAUAAAUCCAAAAUGUCAACAAGUAACAUUUGUAGAAAUUUAUGAUAAACAAGAAUUACUAUUUAAUAUUGAUACAAUAUUCAAAAUCCAUUCGAUUAAUUUUGAUUCUUCUAUUCAAUUAUGGCAAAUAAAUCUUAUCAAUGAUGAUAUUGGUAAAAAUAAAAUUCAAACAUACUUUCAAUCAAUAAAAAAAUUCAGAUACGAAAAUUCUUUUUUAAUAUUCUUCGGUCAUCUAUUGAAUGAACUUGACCAAUUACAACAAUCAGAAAUAUAUUUUCAUAUUUUACUUGAAUCCUUAUCGUCUAAUCAUGAAGAUAUCGCUUCAAUUUAUAAUCAAAUUGGUAAUUUCAUAGCAGACAAAGGCCAAUUAAAGUUAGCCUUAGAAAAUUAUCAACGUGCUUAUGAAAUUCGUUGCCAAAGACUACCCAAUGAUCAUCCACAUAUAUCUAUAUCGUUGAAUAAUAUUGGUUUAAUCUAUAAAGACGAAGGUAAAUUAGAUGAUGCACUUAGCUAUUGUCAAAAGGCAUUAACUAUUGAUGAAAUAAAUUAUCCAAAAGAUCAUGUAUUAAAAGCAAUGACGAUCGAAAAUAUUGGUGGAAUUUAUAAAGAAAAGUAUCUAUUUUCCAUAGCUCAAACUUAUUUCUUACGCGCAUUAAACAUGUAUAAAUCUGCUCUUCCUCCCAAUCAUCAUUUUCUUACUGAUAUAUUAAAUAGUUUAGGAAAAGUUUAUUGUGAUCAAGGAUAUUAUGAUCGAGCAUUAACAUGUUAUCAAAAAGCGUUUGCUACUAGUGAAAUUAAUUACACAGAUGAUCAUUUACAAAAAGCUCAAACUAUUGAAAAUAUUGGACUUCUAUAUAAAACCAACGGUAUGUUACAAAAGUCUCUUGAAGAACUUUUAAGAGCCCUUGAUAUGUAUCAAAGAAUUUAUUUCAAUGAACAUCAUGAUAUAGCUCGAUGUUUUGGUCAUAUAGGACUUGUCUAUGAAGCUAGUAAUGAUUUAGAUUUUGCAUUGAAUUAUUUUAAUAAACAAUUAAAUAUGGAUGAAAAAUGUUUAUCCAAUGAUCAUCCAAAUAUUCAAAUUGAUAUUCAAUGGAUUAUUGAUAUUUAUAAAAAACAAGAACAAUUUAAAAAAGCAUUUGAAUUUUGCCAAAAACAAUUUCUAGAAAAGAAAAAUCUACUUGGAGAAAAUCAUCCAAUGACAUUAACUAUCUUUAUGAUGAUGAUAGAUUUAUGUGAAGAUUUUAAUGUUAAAAGUAAUUAUUAUAAACAAGCUUUAUCUAUACAUGAAAGUUUAAUACCAUUUGAUCCACAUGCAACUAUUAGAUGUCUGGAUACAAUGAUUAAUUUCUAUUAUAAGACUAAUGCAGUCGAAGAAGCAUUGAGUUAUCAAAUCAAAAUGGUUGAUCUUGAGCGACAAGUAUUAACAGAUGAUCAUAUUAAUCUUGCUUUAUCAUUACAAAGAUUAGGUCAAAUAUAUGAAACUUUAUCUAAAACAGAUGAAGCAAAAAUAUGUUACACAGAAAGUAGAACUAUGUUUGAAAAAUAUGAACAUAAUCAGAGCAAUAUUGAAUCUUCUGACAGGAAAAGUUCUUCUGAAUCGAAUGCAUAUCAAGAAGAGAAAGAAUUAAAUUUUACAAAAAGUAGAAUAUGUGUUUUACAAUAA